AACUUUGGAAAGGAAGGUUUGCCGAUGUUGUGGUGUUGUAUUGUGCGGGGUAGCUCACUCCUCAACAUUUCAACUAUUGGCUUAUCCAGCCAGGAAACGACUGUAUUCGUGAUCAUUUUUGUACCAUUAGAUCAUCAGACACUCCAUCCUUUCCACCUUGGAGCUCAAUUACAUCCGUAGGAAGGUCUUCCGGGUAUUCACCGGUGACCACAAUUGCUGUGUCAAGCAUAUAAAUAUACAUCACCUCGUAACUUUUGAUAUACAUAGACGCAUCCCGCUCUACAUGUUCAUCUAGUUUAUGCUCAAAUCAACACAUCAAAAUGGGAAGCAUUGAAGUGGAAGAUCCUCUACCAUCCUCUCAACGGGUUGAACCUGGCUCAUUCCAAUUACGACUCGCCAACCUCCCUGAAUCCAAAGUCGACAAGUCUCUUGAUGUGACAAAAGUUUCUUCAGACUUCGUUGAUCGUUUUAAUAAAAAUAUUGCCUCCGCUGAUAUUACAUUGCUUUCUACACUUUUCGUAGAAGAAUCUUAUUGGCGCGAUCAAUUAUGUCUUUCCUGGGACUUCCACACUCUACAUGGCCCCUCUAAAAUCCUCGAGCUCUUCAACAAAACGAAUGGCUCACGUUUGAAGUCGAUUGCACUUGAUUCAAGCUCAGAGCUUCGAUCUCCAAAAUUAAUGACACUUGAUGUUGAUGAGAAAACAAACGUUGUGCAGGCUUUCAUAACACUUGAGACGGAUGUUGGAAAAGGAGCUGGUAUUGUGAGAUUAGCUCUUGAUCAGGGAACGUGGAAGAUUUUUACACUGUAUACUUUCUUGGAAAAUCUGAAUGGUUAUGAAGAGACUGUAGGGAAGAAGAGACCCUAUGGGGUGCAAUAUGGAGAGAGGACGGAGAGGGAAAAUUGGUUGGAUAAGAGGAAUAUCGAGAAGGAUUUUGGGAAUAAAACUGAGCCAACUGUGUUAAUUCUUGGUAAGUUUUUCAAUCGAAGAGAAUGGCAUGAUCUCUGUAUCUAUACUAACAUUCCUCAGGUGCUGGUCAAGGAGGCUUGACAAUAGCAGCAAGACUAAAGAUGCUCGGUGUCCAGUCUCUCAUGGUUGAUAGAGAAGAACGAAUAGGUGAUAAUUGGCGUACACGAUAUCAUCAACUAGUCCUUCAUGAUUCUGUUUGGUUUGAUCAUCUUCCAUAUCUACCCUUUCCUGAAAGUUGGCCAGUUUUCACACCAAAAGACAAACUUGGUGAUUGGUUUGAAUCAUAUGUUAGUUUAUUGGAACUCAAUGCUUGGACUCAAACUACUAUUACGGAUACUUCGUGGAGUGAUGAGAGUAAGCAGUGGACUGUUACCCUAGAGAGAGUGAAGAAUGGGCAGAAGGAGAAAAGGAUUAUUCACCCGAAGGUAUGUUGGUCUGCGACCCAAUCAAUAGCUACUGACGCUUUAUAGCAUAUAAUACAAGCAACUGGUGCAAGUGGAGAGCCAAAUUUCCCAUCUCACAUCAAAGGGAUUGACACCUUUAAAGGCCGAGUCAUUCAUUCAUCCCAAUUUCCUGGAGCAACAGAAUCUCGAGGCCAAAACAAAAAAGCAAUUGUGGUCGGCUGUUGUAAUUCCGGUCAUGACAUUGCUCAAGAUUUAUACGAACAUGGCUACGAAGUAACAAUUGUCCAAAGGUCAACUACAUGCGUUAUUAGCUCGGAAACAAACGUCAACGCUCUAGGAAAUCUUUAUGGUGAAAAUGGAAUUCCGACUUUCGAUGCCGACAUGAUAUUCCAUAGUACACCGAAUCCAGUACUUAAGAAGCUGAACAUAGAGGGUACAAAGCAAGUCAACAAAAUCGACGAGGAACUACUCCAAGGCCUUGAAGCGGCAGGAUUCAAACUCGAUAAAGGACCAGAUGAAUCAGGUCUUUGGAUUAAAUAUCUUCAACGCGGAGGUGGCUAUUACAUUGACGUAGGAUGUUCUCAACUCAUCAUCGAUGGAAAAAUCAAAGUUAAACAAGGCCAGGAAAUUACAAGUAUUCGGGAAAAUGGUAUGGAAUUCGCCGAUGGAUCAAUACUCGAAGCGGAUGAAAUUGUAUUCGCGACGGGAUAUCUAAAUAUGAGAACACAAUGCAGGAAGAUAUUUGGAGAUGAAGUAGCGAAUAGGGUUAAAGAUGUAUGGGGAUUCGACGAAGAAGGAGAGGUUAGAACGAUUUGGAGAAAGAGCGGUCAUGAAGGAUUUUGGUUUGUGGGUGGGAAUUUGGCUUUGUGUAGAUGGCAGAGCAAGAGGUUAGCGUUAUUGAUUAAGGGAUUGUUGGAGGGCAUUACGAAGUAUGAUGAUAUUUGAAUACCUUAUAUGCAUUUGGCGAUGGCAUUUGAAUACAUAAUUAAUGGAAUUUAUAGCUUUAGUUGAGAAUGAAUAUUAGGAUGACAUCUUCCUUCCCAGACAACUUUC